AUGCCCGUCAAGAUGACGAAGCGCAAAUUCUCUGGCGAAAUUCCACUAGCGUGCAAGUCAAACGACCCCAUACGACUCAGUAUUCCAAUGAUUGACCUGGCGGUCAUGCUAAUGGGAAAAUUUGAGGCUCUUUUUCUCCAACAGUACCCCACUGGUUUUCAUAUGAUGCCAGGCAAACUGUUUGAUCGCGAAGAUGCAUGGCAAGUAGUGAAAAACUAUGAGGCUGUCAAUAAUGGCAUCUUUUUACGUGAGAUUUUAGGUGGAGAGGUCCUUCCUGGACAAUUUGCUUUGGUGCGCGAAUGCAUACACUUGUGGCUUCGAUCGCCAGUCUAUGACAGAUAUCAACAAGAGCUCGAAGACGAACAGAUCCGUCUCGAUCAAGAAAUCCUGGACACCAAUCUUAUUGAAGAAGAGCACCAAGCCCAAUUGCGACUCAAACAAAUCGCGAGUGAUAUCAAAAAGUCUGCAAUUGCGGAACGCAAACGUAUUCGAUUGCAAAGAGAAAUCGAGAAACAGAUAGCGAAAGAAAACAAACAGAAAGCACGUCAAGAGGAACUGUCACUUGAGGUAAGUGUAAAGUUUGGCGAUUGUCUACCUAAUCAUCAUCCGAACCGAUCAAUUCAUCAGUAUCUUGCCUUCGCUCCUUCAUAG